GUUCAACUGUAACCCGCGAUGCUAAAAUGUCUCUGGAUGUGUUAACUAGCAAGUAGGGUUCUUUGUUUUGAAAGUGUUAUUUACAGAGAGAGCAUAUAUGACAGUCCUUUCUGUUUGUUUUAUUAUCGUUGAUGAGCCUGUUUUUGCCUUUCUUGUCACUCUCUUCUCCCCUUAAACAUAAACAAACACCUGCGCGAUCCUUAUCAUUGCUGCCAGCUGGCUUCCUUCGUGCAUUCCAGACAUAUUUCUCGAACCCGAUCCUACAUAUUUUCCUGAUUGCCCACUCUUGAUUCAACCGUUUGCCUCGUCGGAGUCGAUUGAGCAUCUCCCUAAGUAGUGUCUACGGUUCUGUUUCAACCUCAGAUAUACAAUUUUCCGCCAUGAGGAUCAGACGAUUUCCCUCACCAUUCCUCCUCCUUGCCAUCCCGGCCAUCACCUCUACCUUGGCCAAUCCACUAAUAGAUUCCAGUGGUCUUGCUAAUUCGAGGUCGUUAAUAAGCAAUCGGGCUGCCAUUCCCGAUUCCGCACCACUAGCCAAUUACCAAGAUAACUUAUCGCCCAAAGCUCGAGAUGUACCAUAUGAUGGGAAGGACGGGAAACCACACGCAGGACCUUGGGUUGAGACAAAUGCUGGCCGGGAUCGUAAGAAGGCGAAAGAAUCGCCGAAUGGGGAGCAACCAGUGAACCCCGAUUCGACUGAUCCACCGUCACAACAUUAUGGACCAGAUGGGAGACCAAUUCCCGCGUCAAAUGAUGGGGUUAUGGAUGAUCCGAACCGGGAGCCGCCCAAGGAGGGGACGACAGGGACAGAGGGCGGUGUCUCGGAGAAAAACAAGGAAUCCAAUUCUGGGACUGUGAAGAAUCCAGAUCCACCAAAGGAAGUCCCCCCUUUACCGCACAGUGAGCAACAGAAGAUUAGCCCUGGCGACGAGGCUGAACCAAAGACAGAAGGCGAUGGCUCGGAAAAAGAUACAGUGCUGGAGAAGCCAGAAGACCUACCCGAGUUACCCCAUUCCAUUCCCCGACCUGCAUCGCCUGGCCGUCCAAGUGAUCCUCUCGACCUUGAUCAACAGGGUUCUCCAACAGACCCAUCUCACUAUAAAUACUCCCAAGUACCCGAAAACAUGAUACAGCCACUACAUUCAUUCCUGCUUUCCCUCACCAUGAUACUCUUCUCCGAAGUCGGCGAUAAAACAUUCCUUGUUGCUGCCCUGAUGGCCAUGCGCCAUCCGCGCAUGGUUGUCUUUUCCUCAGCUUUCACCGCUCUCAUCGCAAUGACCGUGCUAUCCGCUCUCCUGGGCCAUGCUGUCCCUACCCUAAUCUCGAAAUCGUUCACAAACAUUCUAGCUGCGGUGCUUUUCCUUAUCUUUGGCGUGAAGAUGGCUUUCGAAGCAAAAAAAAUGGCUCCCGACGAAGGUGUGGGUGAGGAGAUGAAAGAGGUCGAGAUGGAACUGGAAGAGAAAGAACAUCAACACCGGCGACUAAACCGACGGGGAUCUAUUAGCCCCUAUGCACUCGAAGCUGGGCGUGGCCCUCGGAAGAGCCGCUCCUCGAACCACCGCCUCCCGCCUCCUGAAAGUAUUUCCUCAUCAUCGUCAAGAGGCAGCUCCCCCUCCCGUGGUAACUCUUUAUCAAGCAUGGGAGUUGGCUUGAACAAUUUAUUCUCAUUUCUUUUGAGCCCUGCGUGGGUUCAAACAUUCGUCAUGACUUUUCUUGGAGAGUGGGGUGAUCGAAGCCAGAUUGCUACUAUUGCUAUGGCUGCCGGUAAGGAUUACUGGUGGGUUACGUGUGGCGCUGUCACCGGUCAUGGAAUCUGUACAGCAGCAGCAGUGAUCGGGGGACGGGCAAUUGCUGGCAGAGUUAGCAUGCGGGCUGUAACAUUUGGCGGCGCCGCGGCAUUUUUCAUUUUCGGUAUCAUAUACAUCUUCGAAGCGAUCUAUUAAUUUUAUAUCGAUCCUGGCGCACGUUCCAUGCUAUCGGGUCCACGGCAGAUGCAUUUAUCCUCUUCACUGGUUUCAUUAACAACGCAUCUUCACUCCUCAAAACUCGAAAUGAUCAUAUUGCAUAAAAUGAAUGCGCCUGUGAUAUCUUAGCGCCGGGACUACUCCUAUUACCGACUUUCCUCCCCUUUGCGCCACAUUUUAAUACUCCAGGUUGUUUGUCCUGACCUGCUUAAUUUUUACUCUUCAUGUAUUAUUUUCAUUGUGCCCCUCUUGUGCUACGCGACCUCGACUUAGGUUUUUUUUUUUUUUUUUUUUUUUUUUUUUUGGCUGUCCACAAUGUGGAUUCCUUUCUUGCUGGUCUAACUUAUAGAUUUCUUGCUUUGAUAUUCCUGUCUGCAAAGAAAUAAACAAGCCACGAUCUGACAUCUACUAGAGAUGGGGCUCUCACUAUUUUUAUUUCAUUUUAUGUUUUUUUUGGUCGACACACAUGCUGGCGUGGUUUAUUUUCUUGCUUUCUUUGCAAGCCGUACCUUACGCUGAGUAUGUCUCUGUUCCUGAUAUCUUUUUUUUUUAUAAUCUAUGUUUCUCUUUUCUUUGUUGUCUGCAAAUAUCUUUUGCUUUUGAAUGGAGAUGCUUUGGCAUUUCUUUCUCUUUCUUUUUUCUAUUGUGAAAUAAAUACUGUUCCUUGUAAUAUAUACAUCCACACCGCAUUGAAAAGUUCUGCAUCUAUGACAAAAGAUAGUCCUAUCGAGUCAUCUAGCGUGUCAUGCUUCCAAUGCAUAAAUCAGUUUUACCCCUUAGGCACGGUUGCUGUGUUGUCCUCCCACUUAUCCCAUGAUAUUCGUCAAGUCAUCAUCGCCGGCUGAUGUAUCCCUUUGUGUCCCCGAAGCAACAAAAGGGAUGGACCUUUACUGUUGAACACCUUUGUGUCUUGUGGCUCUUAGUUUCCAAAGCAACACAGUGAGUAUAGAAAC